CCCCCGCCCCUCGGGGACCUCCCCGCGCCCCCCGCCAUGCUGGCGCGGCGGAACUGGCUGCUGCGGCUGUCAGUCAUCCUCAACGUGGUCAUCUUGCUCUACUUCGGCUCGCACUUCGCCACCAAGAAUGGAGCUGUGGUGCUCAUCGAGGAGCUGCAGGCGUCUGGGAGGAACCUGGCGUCCAUCGACAUGCCCAACCCGCCCCAGACGGACGGCCCCCAGUCCAACGACAUCAACCCGCCGCCUCCUCCACCACCCCCGCAGCAGUCGUCGGCGCAGGCCGCGGCGGUAGCGGCUGCGACGAGCACCACGCUGGGCGGCGGCGGCGGCGAGGCGCCCCCCACGGAGAAGAGCCUGCAGGACGUGAUCGCGUGCCACGACCGCACCGUGGAGCCCCGCACCGCCCAGCGCGGCGACUACUGGGUGCUGUACAACUACGUGACGGCGUCGGAGACAUUCCACUGCUGGGAGAGCAUCACCUACACGACGCACGCGGACUACACGUUCCUGGACAACCUGUCCCCGAUGCUGGAGCGGUGGCGCGGGCCCGUGUCGCUGGCCAUGUACGCGCCGGGCACGGACUUCGCGCCCACGCUCGAGGCCAUCAAGUACGCGAGGGACUGCGGGUCGCCGCUCGUGUCCAAGCUGGUGACGUUCCACGUGUUCUUCGGCGCGCGCCACGUGCCGCGCAUGGUGCCGCGCCCCGACCGCGCCGUGCUGCCGCCCGCCAACUGCUCGCGGCCCGCGCCCUGGUCCAACGUGACGGCGUCGUCGCUGUACAAGGCGCAGAAGAGCCUGCUGUACCCCGUCAACGUGGGCCGCAACAUCGCGCGCGAGGCCGCCGUGACGCACUACCUGCUGGCCUCGGACAUCGAGCUGUACCCCAGCCCCGGCGUCAUCCCGGACUUCCUGGAGAUGGUGCGGCGGCAGGACAAGCCGCUGGCGCGGCCCAACCCCAAGGUGUUCCCGCUGCCCAUCUUCGAGCUGGAGGCGGGCGCCGUGCUGCCGGCCAACAAGCGCGAGCUGGUCACCAUGCUCAAGAACGGCACCGCCAUCCCCUUCCACAAGAAAGUGUGCCCGGGCUGCCACAACGUUCCUAAGUCCAAAGAGUGGGUGCUCGCCCCGGAGAGCUCGGGGCUCCACGUGUUCCACAUCGGGAAGCGGCUGGGCUACUUCGUCCACUGGGAGCCCAUUUUCAUCGGCACGCACAGGGAUCCCCUGUAUGAUGAACGGCUCUCGUGGGAGGGCAAGAGCGACAAAAUGACACAGGGUUAUGCGCUGUGUGUCCUUAACUAUGAUUUUCAAAUUCUUGACAAUGCCUUUCUGGUGCAUAAACCUGGCAUUAAAACAUUGAAAAAGGAUCCUCAGAGAGCGAUGCUAGCUGGCAAAACUAAUGUGCUCAUCAGAAGAGUCAUCUUCCCAGAGCUCAAAGUGCUUUAUGGUACUCGCAAGGGCUGUGCUGUCUGACAUCUCUAUUAGUCUUGUCUCCAAGAGAUUUUGCAAAAUCAGAAGCAUUCUGCCAACAAGUUUUAAUUUAUGAUUUUAAAAGUGCAGCAGAAGACUUGUGGAAUUAGAUGUUGACUAUAUGAAGAUAAUUUUCUACUGCUUAGUGCUAUUUAUUUAUUCGAUUUUGCAUCUUGCUGAAUUUGUUUUCAACAUGUGUCUGUGAACUAUUAAGUCAACAGCAGUGUUGUUUUGCAACAGUUGGUGCAAUUAGUGUCAUAAGGAAAACUUUGAAUACGUCUUGGUACGUCUUCUGCUUCACAGGUGCCGUAAAGUGGAGCAGAAGAAAUUCCAGUGUUGUGAUAAUCGUAGUAUGUGCUUGAGAAUGGAAUGAAGGUCAAACGAUCUCUGAACUCAGCAGGAAAAGUGUAUUAUUUUUGUAAUACUUUUUUUUUCCCCUCUUAAAAUAAUAGGAAUGAAUGAUGAUUGUGUGUGUAUGUUUGUUUGUGUGUGAGUUAGUGUGUGUGUAACUUGUGACAUCCUUGUGGAGAGAAGCAGUUGGGAGAAGUCUGAAGAUGCACAGUCUUAUGACUAUCGCCAUUUUAGUUCCAGUCACAUUCAACUUUUUUUUUCUAUAGGAAUUAAAUUAUGAAUGGUGCCAGUUUUCUUUAUAGCAGUCAUUAUAUCAUUGUGACCUUGCUGUCUUAGAAAAAUUGGUAUUGAAAACAGUGCCUCAAAUUCAAUUGAUUUUUACAUAGAGAAUAUCAUAGCAAAUAUUUUAAUAGAAUAAGAAGUAGAUGUAAAAUUGUAAUUCUUUGACUGACAUGUGGUUCUGGUACCUUGAAAAUCAAAAUAUCCACCUUUGUUAAUUAAAGUUGUAUUCUAUCUAUUAGGAAUAAUUCUGACAAUUUUUUUCCAAUCCCCUAACUAAGCAGGCUGUUCAACAAUUUUUUAUUAGAAGAAUUUUUUGCCGUUUGAGGAGAUUGACUUCAAUUAUCUGUACCUCUUCCCCCCUUCCCUGUAAAAAAAGAUUUUGAACUACUAUUAUCCCAUACAGUAUGCUAUUAAUCCUCCCCCUUCCUCUGAAGCCUGCCCUUCCAUGUUGUUUAAUUAUGGGUUGUUACGGGACACAAAAGAUGACUGAUUUAUCUCUUACUUGUAUUGUCAAAUUAAUGUUUCUGGUUUGUAAUUUAUUGUUACGACACAUUUUUUUAAAUUUUGUUUUCUUUAAAGAAGAAGUUAUAUUGUCAAGGCGUUUAUUUGAGGAAAACUGCAAAAUUUUCUUUUAAAAUUUUGGGAAACAAAAGUGGUGCAUUCUGAAAUUUGGUGAAAAUGAUCUGUGCACGUGUUUACCCAGAAGAUUCCAUGGGAAAUGAUUCAUCUACGUAAUUAAUUUGCAUCUACAUUGUAUAAUGCCUUCUAAUGUAAAGAUUUGUCUCCCCAAUUUGAAUUUCACCUAGUGAGAGUAUAUUUUUGCAUAUAACUAUGUUUUACCAGUAGCACAAGAGUGCAGGGUUUUGUAUUUUUGCUGUCUGUAUGGCUUUUCUUCUCACCAGAGCCUUUACAAAAUUCUUACUUAUUUUUGUUUUGGUUUGCUUCUCUUCAGUCUCUCAUGCUUUUUCCAUAGACGAUUAGUAUCUUACUCUGGCAGUCCUAUUCGUGUUGCAAGAAGAUUUGCAUGGAUCAAUUUGUAAUAAAUCAAAAUUAGGUAACUUUUAGGUAUAUUCUUUUGUAGACACUCUUUCCUCCUCUGCUUCCCCCUUUAAAGAUUGUGCAAACUUUGUGAUAUCUGUCUUACAUACAUAUCACUGUUGAUUCUUAUGUCUGUCUGUAGUAAAUCAAAAGACAUUUUCAUUUCUUGAUAUAAUUUGAGUGAUUCUCCCUGUGCAGCUAUACAAUGCUUCUGAAACAAAAUGUAUGAAAAGGAUCCUUUCCAGAACCUAACGGAUAAUUUUUGCCAAACAAACUGCUUUAUUUAGUAAUUCAACGAACACAGAUGGAAAGUAGUUCAUGUGGCUCUAUUUGAAGUUGAGCUGUUUCAUCUAGUCGUUAGUUCAGUUCAGGAUUUUUAUUAUCGGUCCCUAGUACUGAUCUGGGAAACUUGCAGCUUGUAAGACACAAUGCCAGACGAACUACUGUCAUGUUUCUCAUCAUAAACAGUGUUUCUUUGUAUUUUGAUUUCUCGUUUGGCUUCCAAAUAUGUUCUGACAUGUUUGUAAGCUUUGAAUUCCCCUUAAAUGUCCAAAAGUUUUGGCAGAGAAUUGAUUUUGAAAAACGACACAGGCUAUCUGUAGUAGUUAGUGCUCAUGUUUUGUUUAAUGUAUCAUUUGCUCAAUUUUUUUUUAUUUUUUUUAGUUUGAUUUGAUGUGGCUCAUGAAGCUGUAUCAGUUUUAAUGUCGUGUUAGUAUGGUUCUUUGAUGGCUUGGAAUCUUAGAAGGCUUCUUCGUCAUCAGGCUGCAAAGCUGGUCUGGGUAUUUGUUCAGAUGUAAAUCUUUGUAUUAUUAUGUUAAGAUCCAUGCAGUUCUUCAAAUGUAUGAGAAAGGAUACACCUUACCAUUUUUCAGUUAGCAGUGAUUCUUCUUGUCUAGUUUAUAUUUUUGUACUUUCAAAAUUUGUUUCUGGUAUGGAAUAUUUUGCAUGCAUUAUUGCCAAGUUUGUAAACCACGAAUUCAAUGAGAUUUUAAUUCUGAGAUGGUAUGUGGUAUCAAACUGACAAGCUCUUGUUAGGAUAAACUAAGUGGUCUGUUCUAUAGAAAAGUUUGCCAACACAGCUUGCUUUACCCUAGAAAUUUUAGUAUUUACCUUUCCAAGUGCCAAAAUGAAGUAAGACAGUGUAACUUCUCACAGCUCCAUUUUUUUCUUCGAGUUUUAUAAAUUAUUAUUUUGUUGUUGUUAGAAGAAGAAAUAUUAUCCCUUUUGAAGUGAUGCCUUCCAUUUUAGUUGACCAAUGACAAGCUCAAAUGCAUCUGAUAGUGCAUUAAGUUGUGUUGACCUAUUCCUGCAAUCAUCACAACUAUCCAAACCACCAAUAUGUGAUUGUUGUGUUUUCUGAAAUUACAUCAUGAUAUUGUAAGAUUAUGAAAAAAAAACAGGCAGUGGUCCUGCAAGUUGUGAUAAUUGCAGACCAACUGUAGGAUUUUGAAAGAUGUUUUGUUUAGUUGAUGUUCCUAUAUGAGUAUACAUAUGGAGCCACUUCCCAGUUGCAAUCCUUGCACUGUGUGCAGAAUGUACAGCUGAUAUUUUCUGUACUCUUGUCUCCUUGCAGAGUUCUUGUAAUUGUAGCUAGCUAAAGUAAAUUUGUUAAUUUUAUGGCACUGUUAUGUUUGUUUUAUUUUGUUUCUUAUGUAUCAAAAAGCAAUAGUUUGACUGAUUUGUUCUUGUUAAAGGGAUUGUGCUGGUGCUGAAUCAUGAAUUUUUAAUUUUAUAUUAACUUGAAUGAUGACAUUCUCAAAGGAAAAUAUUUAAGUGCUUCAUAUGACUUGUAAAUUUUGUUUUGUCUCAAAUUGGUUACUUGAUAAUGCACCUAGCCUUCCCAUUCCUUUACAGUUUUGGUUAAUCUCUUGUAGGAUUCUUUCAUAGGAUUUCUUUUUCUUUAUACUUCAAUGUGAUGCAAUGAAAUUUAUUUAAAAUAAAUGUAUAUUUCUUUAUGAA